AUGGGUCUAGAUCUAACGUUGAAAACUACCGCGUCCUGGUUCGUGUUCCACUACUGUCGUCUGAAGUCCGUCAGUCGAAGCAAAGUGCUCUUCAAUAUGAAUGGGACGAUUUUACAUCCGGCCAAUAAUAUAAAAAUUCAUUUGCGGGUUUUUAAAAAGGCUAAUGGUUAUAAGCCUUGGCUUUUCGAUAUUUACUUUGAUGCCUGUCAGUAUUUCAGACCAGCUAUUAAUUUAGUCUUCGGGCUCUUCAAACAGUAUACCAACAUCAAUCACUCAUGCCCCUACGUGGGUCCACAGAUUAUUUCAGACUUGUAUCUAAGACCCGAGCUACUGCGUCUUCCCAUGCCAACGGGAGAUUAUAUGUUGUCGAUGCAGUGGAUAUUCGAUAAAAAGCUACAGUUUAAUACGAACAUCAGUUUUACGUUCAUAGAGGACCUCCUGAAGAGCAAAUAGUGGAGGCCUGCAGCCUGCAGAUCCCUGAGAAUCUACAGAAAAUUUACAUA